GCUCGUGUCAAGGAGGCCAAGGACGAGUUACGCCGCCUGAAAGCCGAACAGCUAGCCGCCCAGUGCGACACCGCCCGACGACUCUUAGAAGGACAAUCCUUUCCUCGCUUUGUCGUACUCAACCUCGCGGCCGGCGGAAGCACCGCCGGCGGCGGCGGCCGCGGCGGCGGCCGCGGAAGCCGCGGUGGCGGCGCCGACGGCCGGCCCGUACUCAUGCCGGCGCUGCUGGUUGGCGAGACUGAGCCACCGCGGGAAGCGGCGGCGGGGGGUUCAGGGAAGGAGCCACCGCCGCCGUUGCCGUACUACGCCUGCCUGGCGGCGGACAACCGCUUGAUGCGCGCCAGUGUGUCUUGUAUUGCCGGGGUGUUGUGUGGCCCCGAGGGGCUGGCCAGUGAGGAGGACUCCAGCAAAGUGUGGGCGGCGGUGAAGGCGGUCCUUGCCGCCCGGCAGGCAGUCAAGGCCGCCAUCUCGGAGCUGGAGGUGCAGCGGAGGAUAGCCACCAGCGGGGGCCGGGGGCAGGACGGAUGGCUGGAGAAGAUGGCCCGAGCGAAGCGGCUGUUGAAGAAGGCGGAGAAGCUGCGGGCCGAAUGCCUGUCCAGCGGUAAAUUGGAAAGCACGUGGAAGACCUUCCAG